GGAGAAUCUGCCGCAUGAAACAAACCGGUCAGAGAGUGGACACGUUCGAUGCUUCUAUAAGAGCUUCCACUGCCCCCUUUGCCUGCUCUUCCUCCCCGGUCGGUCUUUUUUGAACAAUUCCAACCCAACACACAUUGAUCCACUAUGACUACUCCCUCCGAAACCCCUGUCAGCACGACGGUCUCUCCUGAGGCCGUUCCGAACGGCAGUCAACUGUCCCUCCCCGUCUCCGCGGCCGACGGUCUCGUCCAGAAACCGUUCGCCCUCCCCCUGGAUACCUCCAAGCCCGAAACGCCGGCCCCACUCACGGCCGACCAACAAGCCAAAUAUGACACCGUGUUGAGAGCCGUGUCCCAGUGGACGACGGUGCCGACCACGGCGGCGAAGAAUGCCGCGGUGGAGCCCAUCACCGACGACGAGCGCCUGUUUCUGACGCGCGAGUGCCUGCUGCGCUACCUGCGGGCGACCAAGUGGAACGUGCCCGAGGCGAUCGGGCGGCUACAGCGCACGCUGACCUGGCGGCGCGAGUACGGGGUCGCGAAGCUGACGGAGGAUUACAUCUCGGUGGAGAACGAGACGGGGAAGCAGGUGAUUCUGGGGUACGACAUUCACGCGCGGCCCUGUCUGUACUUGCUGCCGUCCAACCAGAACACGGAGAAGAGCGACCGACAGAUCGAGCAUCUGGUGUACAUGCUGGAGCGGGUGAUUGACAUCAUGGGGCCCGACCAGGAGACGCUGGCGCUGAUCGUCAACUACAACGAGACCAAGUCGGGGCAGAACGCCAGCGUCGGCCAGGCCAAGCAGACGCUCAACUUUCUGCAGAACCAUUAUCCGGAGCGGUUGGGGCGCGCCUUGGUGAUUAACAGUAUGCCACUUCUCUUUUCCUUUCUUCUCUGCCUGAUCUUUUGGGUUGAUAUACUGACGAUGAGACAAUCAUAGUGCCCUUCAUGGUCAUGGGUUUCUUCAAGCUGAUCACCCCGUUCAUCGACCCCCACACGCGCCAGAAGCUCAAGUUCAACGAGGAUCUGUGCCAACACGUCCCGUCGGGCCAGCUGAUGAAGUCGAUGGGCGGCGAUGUCGAGUUCCGCUACGACCAUUCGAUCUACUGGCCCGCGAUGACCGCGAUGGCCGAUCAGAAGCGCCAGGCCUACCGCGAGCGCUGGGUUCAAAACGGCAAGCACAUCGGCGAGUACGAGAACUAUUUGAAGACGGGAGAGGGGCCGCGCGUGGCGUCGGGCGAGGAAUCGAC